AUGAGAUUUCUUCUGUCUUUUUUGAUUACCUUGUCUCUCGCCUGCGGCGUGCUUUCGCUUCCAUCGGGCUCAAAAUCUCAACUUAAAGGCAGGUCCUUUAAGGUAGAGCGGGUACGGCGCGGAAAUGAGCCUGUCCAUGGCCCAACAGCUUUGCGCCGAGCAUACGAGAAAUUUGGUAUUGUGCCAACGGACCUUGGGAUUGAUUUGGAUGAUUUCGAACCCAUAGCGGCAAAGAGCGCUGUCGUUGCGAAGAAAGAUGUCACCGAGCCGGACCAAAAGGGUGCUGUCAGUGCCGCCUCAGUCCUGGGCGAUGCUGCAUUUGUCUCUCCCGUCACCAUCGGUGGUCAAAAACUUGUCCUAAACUUUGACACUGGCUCUGCCGACUUUUGGGUGAUGAAUACGGAGCUCCCAAAAGAAGCUCAAAUGGGCCGUACAGUGUAUAACCCUUCCAACUCUUCUACAUUCAAGAAAAUGGAGGGAGCUACUUUCAACAUCUCUUACGGCGAUGCCUCGUAUGCGUACGGUGGUGUGGGUACGGAUAUUGUCAAUGUUGGGGGGGCCAUUGUCAAAGACCAAGCCAUUGGCAUUCCGGAUACGGUAUCCAGCGCUUUCAUUGAAGACGCCACUUCAAACGGUUUAGUGGGACUGGGAUUCUCAUCCCUCAACACUGUCAAGCCUAAGCAGCAGAAAACCUUUUUCGAUAACAUCGCCGAUAGUUUGCAGGAGCCUGUUCUGACAGCGUCCCUCAAAGCCAACGGCGUUGGCGAGUACGAAUUCGGCAUACUUGAUCACGACAAGUACCAGGGCGACAUCGCAAAUGUGAGCGUGGACUCCUCCAAUGGAUUUUGGCAGUUCGAAUUGGCGAAGUUUGCUAUUGCGGAUGGAGAUAUACAAAACAUCAAAGAAAACCCUACUGCCAUUGCGGAUACCGGAACCUCGCUUAUGCUGCUCAGCCAGGAAGUGGUGGACGCCUACUAUGCAAAGAUUGAAGGUGCAAUUUUUGCCAGCAGCGCUAGCGGUUACAUUUAUCCCUGCAAUGCCUCGCUUCCUAGUAUUUCAGUUGCGAUAGGAUCUAAGCAUCUGGCGACCGUUCCAGGCAACCUGAUCAAUUUCUCCGAGGUUGGUAUUAACAAGACGACCGGCGGAAAGGUUUGCUUCGGAGGUGUUCAAUCUAACCAAGGGUCCUCGAUGCAAAUCCUCGGCGAUGUGUUCCUGAAGGCCUUCUUUGUGGUCUUCGACAUGCGGGGACCUUCCCUGGGAGUUGCAACUCCAAAAUAG